AUGAAGGGAGUUGAAUCGAGGACGACGAGAACGAAACGGGAAGUCUCGCAGGCACGAUUUCGUCGGUUGAUUCGCGAAGAGGAAGGAGUCUCCGGGGGUUCAACGAGGCCAAAGGGGAAGGUGGGUGAAGCAGCGAGGCUUCCCUCUUCUCGUCCGGCUACGGGGAGCGAAUUCCAAGCGUCGCAAGCGAUAAUAGCUUCGAUGCAGGCGAGUGACGUGAGCAGCAACAGUGGAGCUAGCGAGCCUUCGGCCGUGUUUUGCUCCGGUUGGUGGCAGGUAAGGAAGAUAAAUCAGCACAAUGAUCUCAGGGGUGUUUGUUUGCUAUUGUUUGAUAAUCAAAGAUAGGAAACACAAAAAUUGGGCUACUGCCAUCUUGGUAUCGAUAAAAAAAAAAAAAAGAACACACCUCAAUGGUGUGUUUAUGGCAGAAGAACGAAAAAGAGGAAGAAUGUAA